GGCAUAUUCGCCGUUUUGAAAGGUUGCUUUGUGACGGACUGGGGCUGCCGGGCGAGCACCUUGCAAUCUGGCUUGAUCUCAUCCCGCCGCGUGCCGGGCUUCUGCUUCUCUGUCGCCCAGGGCCUGAGAUCAGCAACCUUUCCGAAACUCGUGCCUGUUUUUGCACGCCCGUGACAGAGCCGCCGUCCUCCCUCCCGUCCUCCACGACUUGCCGUCGCCCAAGAUGCAGCGCAUCUUGCUAUCGCUUUCUCUCCUUGCCUCAGCUGCUGUGGGCGCUUUGGCGUCGGAGGAGUUGAAGAUCGACGUCACACUCCCCGUAGAAUGCGAGCGGAAAACCCAGAAAGGCGACACGAUCAAUGUCCAUUACCGGGGUACCUUGCAGUCCAAUGGCCAGAAAUUCGACGCCAGCUAUGAUCGCGGGACACCCUUCAGUUUCAAGCUGGGCGCUGGGAUGGUGAUUAAGGGUUGGGACGAGGGCUUGCUCGAUAUGUGCAUUGGCGAGAAACGGACCUUGACGAUCGCCCCGAGCUAUGGCUACGGCGAUCGAAGUGUUGGUCCCAUUCCCGCUGGUUCUACCUUGGUGUUCGAAACCGAGCUGAUGGGAAUCGAGGGCGUGCCUAAGCCCGAGUCGAUCGUGACCAAGUCCGCUACCGAGCCCGCUGAUAGCCCUACCUCUUCGGCGAGCCAGAAGAUCGCCGAGACAGUGGCCAGCGCCGUAAGUGAAGCGGCCGAGGCGGCGGAGACGGUGGUCGCCGACACCGAUGAUGUCCAAGGGCACAAUGAACUAUAAAUUGGUUGGUGCGUCGGCGGGAUAGGGCGUGAUAGUCCUGUAGCAGAGCGCGCCGCGGGGUAAAGGGGGGGUUAUGCGACACGCGCCCGCUC